AUGGCCACCCUCACUGACGCCAAGGGCGUUGUCGCACUGCUUGCCCAACUCAACCGACUAGCCGAGGCCUUUACGGUCCAAGACGGCUUUUCGGACGAGACGAAGCGCGCCCAAUUCGUCGCCGCAGCCGAGAAGCUCUCAUCGGCGGCCCGCUACGUGGAUGAGAAUGUCUUCCACACCGUCACCCGAUUGACGCUCACCUCGGUGAUCCGCUGCGCCUGUUCGCUCAACAUCUUCGCCGUAGUUCCGGCCGCGGAGGGUGCCGCCAUCAGCGCGGGGGCCAUCGCCUCGGCCGUCGAUGCGGACCCCGUCGUCACCGUGCGCCUGAUGCGCGCCCUCGUGGCCUGCAACUUCUUCGUCGAGGUCGGCGAGGAGACGUAUUCGCACAAUGCGCUCUCGCGCGCGUUUCUCGUCCCGGAGACGCUCGGCAUGUUCAAGGAGAUCUACGACAUGGUCGGCGCCGGGGCGUACGCACUUCCCGCUUUCCUGGCUAAGACGCAGUGGCGCAACCCAGAGGAUUACGACCACUCGGCCUUCCACCUCGGCGCCCACACCAACCUUGGCUUCUGGGAGUAUCUCGAAGCGGACCCGGCCAAGCUCCAGGCUUUCAACGCCGGCCAGCGCUCGCAGGCCACGGUCAAAGACUUUGACAGCUCGUAUCCGUACGACACCGAGCUGAACGGCAAGCCGGUGACCGGGGCAGAGGAGGUCGUGUUGGUUGACGUGGGAGGAGGACGCGGACACGCGCUGGAGCGGAUCCGGCGGCGGUUCCCCGGGCUCCAGGGCCGUCUGGUGCUGCAGGACCAACAAUCCGUGAUCGAUGAUGCGCUCGCGGGCGGUCUGAACCCGGCCGAGAUCGAACCGCAGGUGGCAUCGUUCUUCAAGCCGAACCCGGUGCGCGGCGCGCGCGCCUAUCUGUUCCGCCGGGUCUUGCACGACUGGUCGGAUCCGGUCUGCAAGGCGAUCCUGUCCAACACGGUCGUGUCGAUGGGUCCGGAGAGCAGGGUGUUGAUCGCCGAGUACGAGGUUCCCGUGCUGGGCGCGUCCGCAAAGCUGGCCCUGCAGGACAUCAACAUGAUGGGCAUCGGGGGCACGGAACGGACGGGGAAGCAGUGGAAUGAUUUGUUGGAGUCGGCUGGACUGAAGUUGGUCAAGACGUGGAGGACCGCGGGGAGCGACUUUGUCAUUAUCGAGGGGAGGAAGAAGUAA